AUGAGGCCUCCGUUCAAAUCAAACAACACAAUCAGCAACAAAAACCUAACCGAUUCUUCACCAUCCGAUGCGAUGUUCAGCAAUCUAUGGGUCGGAAACCUGACGGCCGAUGUUACGGAGUUAGAUUUGCGCAAUUUGUUCGAGAAACACGAUGUUGUUGAGAGCGUUACGCGUUAUCCGGCUCGUAGUUAUGCCUUUGUGAAUAUGAAGCGGCCUGAGGAUGCCAAGAGAGCCAAGGAGUCGCUUCAAGCUGUUGUGUUGCGUGGUGGAUCGCUCAAGAUUGAUUUUGCUAAACCAGUUUGUAUCGUUUUUGUUGUUGUUGUUGUUAGGGUUUUUAGGAUGUUAUUGUCGUUGUUGUUAUAUGGAAUUGAUUUGUUAUAUGUUUAUGUUGAUAUCCGAUUUGUGCAUUAUAAUUUUAAUUGA